CUGACAUGUACUGUUGUGUAUUUUAGUUUUUCAAUACACUGAUUAUGACAAAACAGUAGAUCUAGAUCAGUAUUAUUAUAUGAUAUAUUUUAUAUAAUAGAUCUACUCACACAUCUUAAAAAGAAUUUUCAAGCUAAGUAAUGAAAUGGGCCAUACGAUUAGAGAUAAAUUGAAAUGAGGAGCAACUUGGCAUAUGUUUGCAGACAGCUUUUAUACAGAAUAACAAUAUCCUGUAGAAAAAGUAUGGGCGUGCACACAUUAUUGCAGAAUGCCUCUAAUACAUUCAACACGUUAAGCAGAUCUAGGAAGCUGCUGAUUUUAUUGAUCUUUUUUCUUGGAUUUCUGUAUCUUGUGCCUUAUAUUUUUCGAUUACAAAGAUCAUCAUCAGUAGAAAUAGAUCCUAAUGAAGAAUGCUUAGCACAAACAUUGGUGGAGUUUCAGUCAAAAAUUGAUGAACUAAAUGCCUUUUCAUCCGGGGAUUUUGAUGAAAUACCAUUCAGUCAGAAGCUAGCUUAUGUUGGCAACGGGAAUGUCGCUGCUGCUUUAGGUUCUGACAAUGGUUUGUAUAUCAGACUCUACCGAGCAUUAUCACAACCAGUCAAGUUUUGGCCAUUGGUACAAACUCAUUUGGAUGGAAAAAUAAAAGAGGUGACAGUUCUUGACAUAAGAUCAGGAGUGGCACAUAAAAUCCAGGUCAAGUCUACGACAACUGGAUGUAUCAUCAUAAGGUCACAAGUAUAUGCACACAGGUCAAGACCUGCUCUUCUUGUACAAGAUAUUCACAUUCAGAAUCCUUCAAGACAAGCUUUAGCUGUAGAGUUGGAUCAAAUAGGAGCUUCAGGUUGGGAAAAUGUAAAAGUUGAAUCAGCAAGCUUUACAACAAACUCAGGUGAAAAUGUAAUGUAUAAAAUAUACUCUGGUCUGGUGCCUGUAACAAAGUCUCCUAUGAUGAUACCUGUAGCCAUAGCUACUGUAACUAUGGAAUCAAGCAUGGUUAAAGUUUCUCAUUCAAGUACAAGCAGUUUUCAUAUAAUUACAUCUGUGCAUUAUUCAAGACCUCAAACUUCAGAGGAAGCCUUUAAAUAUAUUGCAGAUAGCAUUCAUCAAGCCAAAGGGGAGCUGGAGAUAGGGUUAAAUAUGAAUGAAAAACAGCUGAAGCUAGAACACACUCGAGUUUGGGAUAAGCUCUGGUUUAGUGGUUUUUCUAUAAGCCAUUCCUUAGCAAGUGGAGCAGUAAAUGGUGAUCGUAUCAACAAAACCAUAUAUUAUGUUCUUAGUAAUGCACCAGCUCCUCUCCACAAUGUUAGGUCAACACAAGAUGACAAACUUGCCAUUGAAAAGAUUUUAUACUACCCUGAUAGGUGUUAUGAGGGUCAUUCAACUCUCGGGGCAGAUACUUUAUGGAUUAAUCCAGAAGAUGAAUCUCAAAUAGCAAGGGUAGUAACCACAUGGAUGAUCACUCUAGAAAAACAAGGCUGUAGUGUAAUAGCACAGUCAGGAUCUGAGGGAAUUUUACAAGCAAUGAUUUUGAGUCUCGGACCUUUACAUUUUCAUAACCAGCAUUUAGAGAUGACGUCCCAUCCUAGUGACCUUCAUCGUGAUCUUCAUUUCCGUCGCAUUAAUUAUGGGAACAACACUCAUGUAAACAUUUCAGUGGUGGUUGGUGAAGACAACAAGGCCACUCUUUUUGUAGCUCUAGAUCGAAAUGACAAACCAUAUUAUGGUUGUGAUGCUGGUUGCUUAGAUCCACCAGUUCCAUUAAGCAAUGAAAAACAUCAAUUUCCAGUGAAACUAACUGAUCCAGCAACUUCAGUACUGUACAUUACAGCUGAUAAACAACACAUGGAGGAGCUUAAACAUGCCAUACAUGUGAAAGAAAUCAAUGAAGCUCCUGCACAUGAUCAUCAUGUGAUAGCACUACAUAAACAUGGACACCAUUUUGGUGGUCUCCCUACAAUAUUCUGGGUGGCUAUAGCAUUCCUUAUUAUUAUUUUUCAUCUUUUUCUUUUUAAACUAAUAUAUAAUGAAUACUGUUAUGGUCAAGACAAAUUCUCAAGGUCUCGGUAUAACUUGUAGCUCAUGUAUGAAACUUGUAAUUGUGAAAUAUUGACUGCUAUUCACUUAAUUUACAUUUUCAUAUUAAACAGCAUUAAUAGGUUUAAUUUUUUAAGGACUUUAAUCAUUUUCAUCAAAAUCUGUUGUUAAAUUUAUUAUGCUAAUAAUUAUGAUUAAUUUAAUGGAGGAACUUUUUAGCCUUAAUAAUACACUUUUGAUGUUUAUUAUUUCUUAUGCAAGAAUUCCAUUUUUCAAAAUGUUUUGGUGUUCAUGACUUGUUUCAAAUGUUGCAAUUGAUUCCCACAUUUAAUAAUACAUUUCUUUAUGUUUAUUGAUUGUGAAGGGAUAUAUAUAAAAGCAUUCAUAAUAAUGAUAGAUAAAAACAGCAAGAAAUGAUUUUAAAAUGUGUUCUUAAUUAAACAAAAUAAAUAUUUUUUUUUAAAUAUGAAAUUGCCUUUUUAAAAUUGUGUUUGAUUAUUUUAGAACAUUAGCCAACGUAUUAUUAAAGAUGUAACAUAUCUUUUUAUUUAUUGUAAAUUAUUUUCAAUUUAUUUUUAACUAGAGUUUUGUUUCUAAGUAUUAAUUUGUUUUGUUUUUUUUUGUGUGUGUUCCAUGUGUUACCAAUCAUUUUUACCUUGUUUUACCACAAUUUUCUGACAAUAGAGCUAUUCCACUUUUACUUAAUACCAUACCCCUCUCUCUUGUUCACACCCUCCCUUCCCCCUCUCAAUUAUUUCUGAUCAGGUGUGUGCUGAUUUUUGCUUAUUUUCAUCACAUAGAUUAAAAUAUCUAUUUCCUCUUACUAUUGUAAUAUUUUCAUUAGUUAUUUACUACUGUAACAGAUGACUAGUUUACAGUUUUAAAUUUGUCAUUACAAGUUAAUAAAUGUAUUGAUUUCUCUUAUCAUAAAGACUUUUUCAUUCACUGGUUCAGUUAUUCUUACUUAAUGCCAGGGUAAAGAUAUCCCCAUGUGUAAGAUGUCUUUUUGCCAGAGUUAUUAUUUAAUAGGUUAAUCUUUUACGUUUCUUAUCUCCACUUCCAUAGUUCAAAAUGAAUGUGAUGGUAGAACUUAACAUUGCUCACCUAAAAUCUCACAUUUUGAUCCCAGUCUGGAGUCUAGAUUUUAGAACAUCCCUGAGUCCAUCCAGCUCUGAUUAGUACCUGACAUAGUUAAGGCUGAUCACACAAUCCAUCCAUAUGCCAAACUCCCCACAACAGGUGACUUCUAUUUCAUCUGCCCCUUGCAUUGCCAGGUUUGAAAGAGGAAGUUAGUUUUAAAGCCAAGCUUAUAAUAAUGAAGAAAUUCUAUAUAAUUUUCAACCUUUCAUUACUUUGAUAAAUAUAUUUCCUAUCUGCAUUCUAGCUGACUGAAUGGGUAGGGUGUUCCUUAAAACUAACUUAGGCACCAUAAUGUACGACUCUAAAACCCAAUUUGCUCACUGUUUAAAACUAACACAGUUGCCAUAGCUCACGGGGUGCCAAAUCACAUCCUACCAGGGACUGCCAGUGCGAAAAUGAAUUUUGUUUCCCCAGAAACCUUCUCGGGAGUAUUCUCAUCAACUCCCCAAAGUUUCAUAGCACUCGGAUGAAACGGUGUCAAACCGCAUCCGACUUUUAUUUUUAUGUACUGUACUGUACUGUAUAUAGAGAAAAAUAGCACCCUUGCGAAAGUUAAAAAAAAUUUUUUUUUGCAGAACCCCCUCCCCCCCCUUGAUUGUUCUCAUCAGUGUUGUGAAUGUAUUUUAGUGUACUGAAUGGGUAUGAGAGUAUGUGUGUAUUGGAAUGUUUUGUAUUAAUAAAAGAUGUUGAAUGUGACGAGGCAAGUCAGGAUGUGACUUGGGAAGAGUAUGGUUUUGUUGUAAGGUAAAAGAGAGUUGAAAUCAGUGUUCGUCAUGUUGUGUUAGGGUGUUGAUGUCUUUGUCUGUUGUCGUCGAUAUAGCCGUGUCCGUUGUAUAUUAAACAAUGCAAUUAAAUUAUUGAAAUGA